AUUUUCUCUUAGGCUAACCCCAAAAGAGAACCAACUUUGUAGUUAUUCCAAUGAUCCAAAUCUCCGAGUUUCGAUUAUGCAAUUUUCUCUAAGAUGAUCGUGUAGAACUAAUUCGUUAUACCAAUAGAAAUUGGUAGAAGUGCUUAAAAACCUUCCUUGGGCGAGUAAAAUUUCAGUUUCAAUAGUGAAAUGAGAUGCAUGGAACCCGUGGAAUAGAAAAUAGGCAGAGCCCUAUGUUGAAAGUUUGAAAAAUAUUGCAUAAAAUGAGCACUGUGGUAAUAGCCAUUUGAUUCAAGGGAAAGGCAAUGGAGGAGAGGGUGCGUUCCUGGUUCACACGAGUCAAUCCAACUAAUAACGGUGAGCAGCAGCAACAGUUUCAGUUGCGCCCCACUUCGCUACUUGCAAAUUGGAAGGCGUAUGUCUCCGUGCCAUCGUCGUCACAAAAUGAGGUGGAUGUGGAAACAGGAUCAGCCUCCGAAUCCGCCUCUGUCGCAGAAUCAUUGGCUCCCUUUUUCAGAUCCGCCAAUGAAACCCUCGUCGGCACCUUCGACAUAGUAUCAAAGGGAGUGCGGGACUUACCAGGAAGUGUUCAAUCAGCUGCCAACACUUUUCCUUCAGGAAAAGCCCUCGUGUACUUUGGGCUGCUUAUGGCAACGGGGAUUUUUUUCAUCUUCAUUGCGCUACUAUUGUUUCUUCCAGUCAUGGUUGUGAUGCCCCAAAAAUUUGCAUUAAGCUUUACCCUCGGUUGUCUAUUUAUUAUUCUUUCUUUCUUUGCAUUGAAGGGUCCUAAAACUCAGCUUCUUCACAUGGUCUCCAAAGAGAGAUUACCAUUCACCAUUGGAUUUUUGGCAAGUAUGUUGGUUACGAUUUAUGUAUCUAUGGUUCUCCACAGCUAUAUCCUUUCUGUCAUUUUCUCUGGUGUACAGGUUCUGGCAUUGGUAUAUUAUGUUAUUUCAUACUUUCCGGGAGGUUCUGCUGGUCUGAAGUUUCUUACAUCAAAAAUUAUCUCCUCGAUAAUGAAGUGUUUUGGUCAGUGAUGUGUAUGACAUCUGAAAUUUUCAAUUUGAGAAUUCAAAGCCGUUUAUGGAAGGAGAUAUGCUGGAACUUCAUGUUAGAUAUUCGUUUAUUACUCUCAGUGAAUCCGGGUACAAUCAGAAUGCUAUAUAUUUACGGUUGACCCAGUGUUUUGUUCAUAUUAUGCUUUGAAGAAUUCCUCUAUGGGAUUCCCUAGAGAGUUUUGUGCAAAAGAACCCCACGAAUGGAAAUUCAGGAGAUCUGUCUGAAAUCUUCCAUGUUUAAUUUGCCUUAGAAGUUGAUCAUAAAAGAUUAUUUGCUUGUUUAGUUUAAAUAAUGUAAGAAUUAUGAUUACUGCAGGUUCCUUAUGGGAACUUCCAUCUUGUUACUACAGACAACUAGAAUACAGAAGGUUCCGUUUA